AUGGCAUAUCCACAGCGCCCGGCUCAGCGGCCGCCUCCUAUGAGGCAGUAUGACCAAACCCCGGUGUCGCCUGCCUCAGGCCCCGGAUAUGCGCCUGAUGCAGGAUUCGGAGGUGGAUAUGGAGAAGGAGGAUAUGACUACCAGAGCGGUGGAGCUGGAGGAGGAUAUGAAGAUCCAGCAUACAGUUACCAGACUGGCCCUCCAGGAGCCCCGCCAUAUGGGUCGUCGCAACAACCACGCUCAAUGCGCCCACCUCCUGGACCGGGCGCACCAGAUGCUAGACGUCCUUCGGCGGGAUAUGAUGACCGUCGAGGAUAUCCUGGAGAGCGCCCACCGGGAUCAAGCCGGUCGCGACCUCCGGGUGGUCGGCCCCCUCCAGGUAACUUUGACAGUCCCUUUCCCGCUGUUCCUGGCGGGAGAGACCCUCGAGACCGACGCGGUCCUCCGCCACGAGGAGAUGGUCUAGAAAAAGGCAUGGCGGCGAUGGACAUCAAUGGCCGAGGUCCCCCACCUCGACCACACACAUCCAACUCCAACGGACGACGGCCAGAUAUGCGACAACCGCCCCCGCGAGGACCACUUCCGAGUCGUGGUCGUGGAGGGUACCCUCCCGGUCCCUCUCGUGCAGCCAGCUCCGGACGUACUGAUCGGCCCGAUCGAGCCUACGGGGAUCCCAAUGGACCUUCCAUGGGACCACCAGGUCGAAGCGCAACUAUGCCUCUUGCGACGCCGCCAACCAUGUAUCCUGGUCAGUCAUCCUAUCGAGAACCCGACUAUGCCUCCAGUCCCAUGGGCGAGAUGCCCCCAGCGCGCCCCAAUACUGCGGGUGGCAUGCGACCUACUCGCCGUCCUGCCAACGAGCUGGAUCCUGGCCUCGGUGCCGGUUUGAUGGUCCCACCUGAUCCAGGCAGUCGGAUUUCUUACGCACCUCGAGAAUUUUUGGAUAGCUACUACGAGGGCACUGAUGACGAACCUGACAUGCCUAAUUUCGAUGCGAUGCCGGCGGAACACAAAGGUCCUAUUGAUGAGAUGGGACUGGACACUCCAAAACCGAUGCAAACGCCCACUUCCCCCUCUUCCUCAGCCGGCGGCCAGUAUGCGCCCUACACACCUGAUUCAAGCACCUCACGAUCGCGAUCUCAGCCCGACCUCCGACAGCCUACUGCUCCUAAUCAGUUUGAAAUUGCGGGCUUCCAGUUCGAUAUUCCCAAUGAUGCACCCCCAAUGCCGAUGCAUGGAGGUAACGGUGGAUACCCGCCGAACAGUUAUGACGAGCCUGGAUACUCCCUUAAUGGCCAUGCCCCGUACCAAAACCAAGGAUAUCCCAUGGAACAGCCAUCACCUCAUGACGAAAACCCAGAUGCUCUUCCUCACCAUCCGAUGCCGAUACCAUUCCGUCCAGGUCAUGACCAAAAGCCAGCCCCGGUACGCCAGUACGGCGGUGGUCCAGGCGCAGCCCCAGGACCAGGUCCCGCACCUGGACCUGGCCCUGGACCUGGCCCUGGCCCUGCCGCUCCCCAGCCUAUGCCAGCAGUUGAAAAUGGACCGAAGCCUGUCACACAUGAGGAGUUGAACCAACUACAGAUGAAGGCACGAGGCAACCCUGGCGAUCAAAAGACGCAGCUUUUAUUGGCCAAGAAACUAGUCGAGGCAUCCACCGUGCUUGUGGCUGACAACAAUCGCCUUGACCCCAAGAUGAAAGCCAAGGCUAAAGAAAAGUACGUGAUGGAUGCGUAUAAGAUUGUGAAGAAGCUCGCUUCAACCGGGUACCCAGACGCGCAGUUCUACCUUGCAGACUGUUAUGGUGAGGGUCAGUUAGGAUUGGAAGUCGACGCCAAGGAGGCAUUUGCCUUGUACCAGUCUGCUGCCAAGGCUGGCCAUGCGCAGUCUGCAUACCGUGUAGCCGUGUGCUGCGAGAUUGGUGCCGAAGAAGGUGGCGGUACCAAGCGCGAUCCGUUCAAGGCCGUGCAGUGGUACAAGCGCGCUGCAUCGAUGGGUGACACACCCGCCAUGUACAAGAUGGGUAUGAUCAACUUGAAGGGGCUGCUCGGCCAAGCCCGGAGUCCACGCGAAGGUGUUUCCUGGCUGAAGCGUGCUGCUGAACGUGCCGACGAGGAGAACCCACAUGCUCUGCACGAAUUGGCGCUCAUGUACCAGAAUGCGAGCGGCAACGACAUCAUUGUCCGCGACGAAGCAUACGCCUCACAGCUCUUCCACCAGGCUGCUGACCUGGGCUACAAGUUCUCGCAGUUCCGACUUGGCACGGCGUACGAAUAUGGCUUGUUGGGCUGCCCAGUUGAUAACCGGACGAGUAUUAUCUGGUAUACUCGUGCUGCUGCGCAGGGCGAGCACCAGAGUGAGCUCGCUCUGAGUGGAUGGUAUCUUACCGGAUCGGAGGGCAUUCUUCAGCAGAAUGAUACCGAGGCGUAUCUGUGGGCACGAAAGGCUGCGACAGCCGGUCUUGCUAAAGCCGAAUAUGCGAUGGGAUACUUCACCGAGGUUGGAAUCGGUGUUACAGCGAACUUGGAAGAUGCGAAGCGGUGGUAUUGGCGUGCUGCGGCACAAGGAUUCCCCAAGGCCCGGGAGCGUCUGGAAGACCUCAAGAAGGGCGGCAGUCGCAUGCAAAAGACGCGUCUCUCUCGCUCUGCCGUUAACAAGCAGAGUGAUGGCGAUUGCACUAUCAUGUAA